GCCCGUGCAGCAGAGUACAGCACUAUGAGCAGCAGCAGAGGGAGGAUGGUCAGACAUAUGCUAUUCUGGUCACUCAGCCAUGACCUCUGUUUAACUGGACUGACACAUCUUGAGCCAAAGGUAUGCUUACCGUGAAUCAUUUCAAAAGAGUGUAAUACCAUAGCAAUUUUUAAGUCCUUCAUGUUGCACAUUUUCUGCAGUGCUUGAGAUCUUAGAACCGUUAAGGUUGUUUGACUUUGGUUUCCAUGGUUCAGUCUAUGAUUAUGAUUAUGAUUAAUGUUCCUUUCAUUUCAAGGAGGGGUCCUGGAACAACCAGAGUCUCUAUUCUGUCCCAGUGGAUUUGGAUGUAAGGCUGAGAAGACUGGACCUGUCCAAUAACUUCAUCAGACAGUUGCACACACUUGCACUGCCAUACUUGGAGCAGCUGGACCUGAGCUCUAACCAGCUGGAUCUCAUCUCCGACGGGGCUUUUGAAAACCUGGCCCAACUUGAAGAGUUGAAUUUGUCCAGAAAUGCGCUGAACAACAACCUUGGCAGUAACACUAAAGCCUUUCGAUCCAUCAGCAGAUUGAGGAGUUUGGACAUAUCAAUGAAUGGGUUGAGUGAUGAUGCAGUGGAGCUGUACCUUCAAAACAAACCGUCUCUUGAUCAACUUAAAGUGACGGGAAACUUUCUGACCAGACUUUCACACAACUUGUUCAAGGAGAGUAAAGGUUUGAGGUCCAUUACUAUUGAUGACAAUCUGAUAUCAGUGAUAGAAAAAGGAACAUUUGAACCACUAGACCACUUAGAGAUUCUCAAUUUAGCCAAGAAUAACCUUGCAAACAUCUGUGAUUUUAAACUGCGUCAAGUUAAAUACUUGAACCUGAGUAAAAAUUCUCUUGAGUUUUUUGUUACUGAACAGGUUAACUUGUUAUACAGACUAGAAAUUCUUGAUUUGAGUCACAACAAACUCUUAUAUUUUCCAAUUGUCCCAAAGAAGAACAGUUUGAAGUAUCUGUAUUUACAGAAUAACCUGGUAGGUGCCCUAAAUUCAGAGGCUGCAAUGGUGUCAGAGGCCAACUAUCUUUAUAGUGAGAUAAUGAGGGAGAGGAUAGUCAAGAAAAAUAACCUCCACUCAAACUGGAGGCUGAUGCCUGUGACUUACAUCGACCUGAGCUAUAACCACUUCACAUCCUUCCCCACUGAAACCUUGAGCCUUUUGUCAUCUUUAGAAACUUUAAAUUUCAGCUACAACUGUUUACAAAGCAUCAUCUGGGAUGUUAGAAACCAUCCUCAGUCGAAUUACCCUCGGCAGCUUUUUUUCUCUGCCUUAAAGCACCUUGACCUGCAAAGUAAUGGAGUUGCAUCAAUUUCCACAAUAUUUCUCAAAGCACUCACAGGUAUACAGACUUUAAAUCUGCGAUACAAUUCUGUGCAACCUUGUGCCUCAAUGGAUGAUUUGGAAAGCCCUCGAUCAGCUCAGCAGGUAAAUCUCAACACCUCCUGUGUUGUCUUUGGGCUCUUGAAGACUCUCAAACACCUCAGUCUUCAGGAAAACAACAUCAAAAUGCUCGAGCCAAACUCAUUUCAAAAAACCUCUUUAAGUUCUUUGAACCUUGCUGGAAAUCCACAUAUGACAGUGCAAGAAGGCGCAUUUGAAGGUGUGCAAAACACUCUUGAGUCCUUGACUCUCAGUGAAAUAAACAUGACCAGCUCGAAUUUAUCAUUACCUUGCAUGCCAGCUUUAACUCACCUGAAUAUUUCAAACAACCACCUACAUUUGAUACCCACUAGUUUAAGCUGCUCUCCUCUGAGAGACCUGGACAUAACGAACAAUCAUUUCAAGUCUUUAAACCACUCUUUGAUUACGGCAUUAUCUGUACACCUAAAACAGAUGUAUUUGAGUAGAAAUCAUUUUAACUGUUGUGAAAGUAAAUGGCUGACAGUCCUACAUGACUUAAAGAUAAAUCUGCCUGACAUCAACAAUACUCUAUGUUUUACAAGUGCUGGAAAUAUGGGGAUGACAGAUUAUUUAGAAAACCCCUCUGUGCCGUGUUGGCUUCAUACAAAAGCACAAGAGUUACACUUUGGACAGAUGAUAGUAAUUGCUUUAUUUCUAACUGUAUUACUAACAGCGAUGAUUAUGUUUAUCAGAAAGUUGUGUUGCACACAGGGGUCCUUUAUAGUAUGAUUUGUAAAAUUUGUCUUUGGUUUAUUGCAUCCAUGCUUUUUUAACAUUCAGAGGGGUUCAAUAAAGCAAGAAACCAAACACAUUUGGUACGCAGGCUGCACCAAAUGAACCACAGCGCCUGCAAGAUCUCCUAUAAACAGAAGUUGGGAUUAAUGGCUGCAAAGACUGUAAAAACUAACAGACCGUUAGUUAAUGAAAUGCUGUAAAAUCCUUGUCAUCUGGCAUAUGAUUUGGUUCUGAUUUUCUUUCAAGCUCCAUUAAAUCUUUCUCUUUUGUCUCCCUUGUUAAUCUGAAUGACAUGCAUGAACCUGUGUGGCCGAAAUAUGAUGAUGGAAAUUGGCCUUAUUUACUCUCAAGUUGUUUGGUUACAGUGUUCGCCAAAUUCACUCAUCAGGCGGAGGAUUUGUUGUCCAUCCUUCUUUGUGAAAUGUUUGUAAGUUUAACAUUGGCUCAGAUUUUUUUUUGACAUCUGUGAAGUCUUGCUCAACUUUCCUAGAAUUUUGACUUAACUUCUAAACAAUUCAGAGCAAUGCCAAAAACAGCCCAUGUACCAGUUUGUCUUUGAAACGCUAUGAAAAUGCUUCCUUUAUCAUAUUUAUGUUUAAUAUCAAUACUUGCUUUUGUUUGUGCUUUGUAAAUUAUGAUUAAUGUGGCUCUGACCCUGAGAGAAUGUCAUGACGUACAUUAGUGAAUAUGCUGUUGGAAUAAAUAUGGAGUUCCCAACAA